GGAGUGCCGGUGUUCGACCUCGUGCAGCCUUCGGAGGGCUACCACGGCCUCGUCUCCGAGAAGGACACCGUGGUCGAGGUGCAGCCGCCCAUCCGCGCCACGCCCAACGUCUGCUUCUACAGGAUCGUCAACAAGCACCACGGGGAGGCGCCCUUCAUUAUCCGGCUGAGAAACGAGGCCACGGGAGAGGCCGAGUUGAUAGCCAAGCGUCCCCUCAACUGCGAGAAGAGGAAGAAUUACAAGUUCGACAUCACCGCCGUUUCCUGCGACGCCAAUGUGGAGUCUCAGAACGUCACCGUCCACGUGAAAGUGAACGACGUGAACGAGUACGCGCCCGUGUUCGUGGAGCCUUCGUACGUGGUGGGCGUGGACGAAGGGCGCCUCUACGACGAGAUCCUGACGCUGCAGGCUGACGAUCAGGACUGCUCGCCCAAGUACGGAGACAUCUGCCGCUAUGAACUGCUCACCAAGGACCAGCCCUUCAGCAUCGACAGCGAGGGCGUGGUGCGGAACACGGAGCCCCUGGACUACGAGAAAUCCCACAACCACAUCCUGUCAGUGGUGGCGUACGACUGCGGGAUGGAGCGCUCGCAGCCUGUCAUGGUCACUAUCAAGGUCAACCGAGUGUGUCACCUGGGAUGGAAAGGCAUCACCGACCAGGUGGAGUACUCCCCCGGCUCCGGUCGCCAGGAGCUGUUCCCCUCGGCGUCCCUGGAGCUGUGCAACGUGCCCUGCCGCGUGGAGAGGGUGCAGGCGCGAAUCAGCCUCACCACCAGCCACAUCGGCAAGGGCUGCGACAGAGACACCUACUCCGUGGCGGCGCAGAGGAAGAUGUGCGGUGCCAGCUCCUCCAGCAUCGAGCUCCUGCCGGCGCCCGGCGCAGGGAAGGAUUGGACCGCCGGCCUCCACUCUGACGAAGGCCACGAAGGGGACCUGAUCUACGAGUUCGACGGCGACUCCUCCGGCACCCUCAUCCCCGAGUCUGUCCUCAACCACAACCUGACGUCGACCUUCACCAUAUCCACCUGGCUCAAGCACAAGUCGCAGGCGGGCACGGACAAGCACACCAAGGAGCACAUCCUCUGCAACGCCGACGACCACAAGAUGAACCGGCACCACAUGGCCCUCUUCGUCAGGAACUGCCGCCUCAUCCUCCUGCUGCGUCGCGACUACACCGAGGCCAACCUCAACACCUUCCAGCCGGCCGAGUGGAGGUGGAAGCUCCCCCAGGUGUGUGACAAUGAAUGGCAUCACUACUCUGUCCACGUGAAGCUGCCGGAAGUGACCCUCUACGUCGACGGCCACAUCUUCAGGCCCGAGAAUGGAGAGUCUCCUGAGGUGAUUGAUGACUGGCCCCUACACCCAACGCGUGGCAUCAACACCACUAUGAGCGUCGGCGCUUGCUGGCAAGGCUCCGAAGGCAACAUGAAGCACGGCCUCUCUGGCUACCUGGCUGGCCUCUCGGUUCUCGUGGGCGCUCUGGAGUCGCCGCGCGUCCUGUCCUGCCUGACCCGCUGCCAGGAGUCGCUCGACACUCCUGCCAUGGAACUCCUGCAGCCCAGCAUGGAGCUCCUCACCAACAAUGAAAUGACACAGAUCACCAUCGAAGGCAAUAAUGUGACUAACCUCGAGACGCUGAUCCGCCGCGUGGCCUACGUCAACGGCCGAGACUUCCCCACCCCGGGACGUCGCCCUGUCUCUGUGACAACUAACAUCUUGUGCAACUCCGAAAAGGCCCUGAAGGUUGCCACCGCCCAGAGCUUCGUGGUGGUGAUGCAGCCGCACCAGCCCAGCAUCGAGCUCAACGGCACCACCAACUUCGCCGAGGAGUACGAGGCCUUCCGCCAGGGCCUGCGAGUGUUCCCUGACGUCGGCAUCUACCUCUCGGCCGCCGCGGAGGAGGCCACGGCCCCCACCCUGGGCGGCCAGCUGGACGAGUGCGUGGUGUCGGUGUACCCCCCUCUGAACCCCGACCACGAGACGCUGGUCCUCCCCGACAACCUGAUCGCUGAGCUCGGCCUGGCCGCCUCCAUCACGCGCCAGGGAGCCACCGUGUCCGGGGCCCACACAACGCACCAUUACCAGUCCAUCCUGCGCCAGAUCCACUACGCCAACCGCAAGCCAGCCUACUACCUGAACCGGGCCUUCAAGCUGUCCUGCUCCGAGCUCGGUGGUCGCUUCACAAGUAACGAAUAUGUCCAGACGGUGACCGUGAUCCACCCGCAACUCAGCGUGGACAAGACCGCAGCCUUCAACACCAACACCGACAGCAUUCCUCCCCACAUGGAACACAACAACCACAACGCCCACCAGGAGGCCGACGCCCACCUGACACACCACAACCCCCAGCCUGUGCCAGCUCAUGCCAAGCUCUCCGCUCAUCACGUCGAGCUCAAACCCGCCCACACCGUCAAUGACGUUUACUUCACUUCAAACGUCAUGGAGGGAGUAGCAGUCAACAGCGCCAGCCAUGCAGUGACCAUCAUCAUCGUCGUCUGCGUUGGAUUCCUCGUGUUCAUGGUGGUCUUGGGCGUGAUCCGUGUACGCGCCGCCCACACCCGCCACACCCACGAGGAUGUUGCAGAUGCAGAGAUGGCGUGGGAUGACUCCUCUCUCAAUAUCACCGUUAACCCCAUGGAGCAACAGCUGGAACUGGCAGAGACACAACGAUUGAGGGAUGAUGACGAUGACGACGACGACUCGUCAGAUGAUGGAAGCAACUUCAACGACGACUUGGACUCGUCGGACGAGGAGGAAGGGAAGCCGAAGGAGCUCGAGUGGGACGACUCAACCCUCAAAAUUUAAACCCCUUCCCCCCCUUCAUAAGUGUAACUGAGUGAAGAUCUGCUGGACCCCCGUGGGCUUUGUUGAUGUAGGAAAGAGUGUUCAGAGUCUUCCUUAAGGGGUUGAUUACUGGGCAUCAGUAAUGAUGAGUAUUCAUUCAUGCUUGCUGUAGAGGAAAUAGCAGUAAUUAGGAUAAAUGGUAUUAAUUGCAUAACAAACUAACCCACAUUUGAUUCGUUAUUUUGACCUGGACGUCCUCUUGAGUCGGAGAAUCUUAACAUUCUUAUCUCUAUGGAUGCAGCCAAUUUACUCCAUCCUGCCACAGCGCCCAAGGUUGCCGGGCGCCGAACUGAAGGACCAACGGAGAAACUGACGGAAGUGUCGGCCGUUCUGCCAUCAGUAUUGCACAGGGUCCACGCCAAAUGUCUCAGAGAAUGUGAUUGAUGCUGCGUGAAUAUUCCAAAAGGGUGAUGGCGAAGGGAAAUGGGCUAUGCUGGGAGAGCUGAUGAAGGGUUAGGGGAGGGGAGGGGGAGGGAGUAGGGUCGUCGGUUGCCAUAAUGCUGAUAGGUAUUCAUGUUUCAAUAAAAAUGAGAUGAGGGUAUUUAUUAGCAGAGUUACAGCAGUGGGGAAGAGCCAAGCGUUGGAAUCUCAGCCGCCUAUCUGCAUUAACUGCAAAAUUUGAC